CAGUGGUAGCCGAGGGUCGUGUGCCGCUUCCUGAUCGGAACAAUCUGGAGCGAGUAGGCCGUAACGCCUGUCAUAACCUUCUUCGAGCCUUCGAGUGCUUCGGGGCUCGUGACUGUCGAGUGCCACCCAGACCCAGCUCUUUAGCCUCAGAUAGACCUUUGGGGCAGAUAUGAUCUGUUCGAGAAGGUGUCCGUCGUCAGGACCCCGUGCGCUUGCCGAAAGGUGAACAAGAGUCGUUGUGAUAGUGAUUCCGGGGAGACAAAGGCGCUUGAUUGUGAAAUGGAGCAAGAAACCAAACAACAAGGUCUCUGUGGGUCGCAUAAUAUGUGCCCAGUCGAGUUGCACUUCAGUGCAAGACUCCCGGAAAGCUUCGGACAUCGGAGGCCGACGAAUGACAGAACACCGACUGAUACAGGACGCAUGAACCUGGCUUCUAACAUGCUCCAGGAAUACCACGUGAUCCAGCAGUGUGCCCACGGGUUCAAUCAUAAGCUCCAAUUUCACACUUUCUCUGUAUUGAUACGCAGGUGGCUGUCCAAUCUUAUACUCGGACGAAGAAUACCCCGAAUC